GUGAGUCGCUGGCUGUUGUUUGUGUUCGUUGGUCGCAGAUCGAGGUUUCUUCUGAUUGAAUAUAUAUCGUUUCUUUACGGGCCGAAAUGGCGACGUUUAUUUCAGUCCCAUUAAAAAAGUCCUCCGAGGUGGAUCUGGUGAAACCGCUGUCGAAGUUUGUCACAGCCACGUAUCCAGCUGGCGAGGAGCAGGCAGAAUAUAUCCGUUCCGUGGAAGAGCUGAACAAGCUCCGCAAGAACGCGCUGGGAAGGCCGCUGGACAAACACGAGAGCUCCUUGGAGGUGUUGCUCAGAUACUACGACCAAUUGUGUGCUGUGGAGCCUAAGUUUCCCUUUUCAGAAAACCAGCUCUGCCUAACCUUCACAUGGAAGGAUGCCUUUGAUAAAGGAUCGCUGUUUGGUGGCUCAGUCAAGCUCGCUUUGGCCAGUUUGGGCUACGAGAAGACGUGUGUGUUGUUCAACGCAGCAGCACUGGCCAGUCAGAUUGCUUCAGAGCAGAACCUGGACAACGAUGAAGGACUGAAGACUUCAGCCAAAUACUAUCAGCUGGCCAGCGGAGCAUUCGGCCACAUCAAGGACACAGUGCUGUCAGCUCUGAACAGAGAGCCCACCAUGGACAUCUCCCCCGAGACUGUCGGCACCCUGAGCCUCAUCAUGCUGGCUCAGGCUCAGGAGGUCUUCUUCCUUAAAGCCACCUCAGAUAAGAUGAAAGAUGCCGUCAUUGCAAAGCUGGCCAAUCAGGCAGCAGAUUUCUACGGCGACGCCUUCAAGCAGUGCCAGUACAAAGACAACCUUCCCAAGUAUUUUUAUUUUCAGGAAGUUCUUCCGGUGCUGGCGGCCAAGCACUGCAUCAUGCAGGCCAACGCCGAGCUCCACCAGAGCGUCCUGGCCAAGCAGAAGAAGCGCUUCGGAGAGGAGAUCGCUCGCCUGCAGCAUGCAGCAGAGCUGGUGAAGACGGUGGCGUCUCGUUACGAUGAGUACGUUAGCGUUAAGGACCUGAGUGACAAGAUCAAUCGUGCCCUCACUGCAGCUAAAAAAGACAAUGACUUUAUCUACCACGAUCGUGUGCCUGAGGUCAAGGACUUAGAGCAUAUCGGCAAGGCGGCGCUGGUCAAAGCUACUGUCAUCACGCCUCCAAUCAGCCAAAAAUUCACAGACUUGUUUGAGAAGAUGGUUCCCAUGGCGGUGCAGCAGUCCAUGGGCAUCUACACACAGAGGAAAACUGAGACAGUUAACAGACUGGUGGGAACGAUGAGGGAGGCCACCAAUCUCUGCAACGGGGUUUUGGCAUCCCUGAACCUGCCAGCUGCUCUGGAGGAUCUGUCCGGAGACUCUAUCCCACAAUCCAUUGCUGAGAAGGCCCGAUCCGUUGUGCAACUAGGAGGACUGCAGACCAUUGAGCAGCUAAUCAGAGACCUGCCAGAGCUACUGACCCGCAACAGAGAGAUCCUGGAUGAGUCUCUGAAGAUGCUGGAUGAUGAGGAGACGACCGACAACGAGCUGAGAACCAAGUUCAACCAGCGCUGGAACAGAACCCCAUCUGGAGACCUGUACAAGCCGCUUCGCGCAGAGGGUGCUAACUUCCGCAACAUUUUAGACAAGGCAGUGCAGGCCGACCAGGUGGUAAAAGAACGCUACAGCACCCACUGUGACAUGAUCGCCCUGCUAUGUAAACCAGAGAAUGAGCUCAAUGCCGCCAUCCCCUCCGCCAACCCCACCAAGACACUGCAGGGCAGCGAGGUAGUGAACGUGCUGCGUGCCCAGCUGGCACAGCUGGAUGAGAUUAAGAAGGAGAGGGAGAGUCUGGAGGGAGAGGUCAAGGCCGUGACCUUUGACAUGUCCACCACCUUCCUGACGGCGCUCGCCCAGGAUGGGGCCAUCAACGAGGAGCAGCUGUCACUCUCCCAGCUCGACCAGUUGUACGGUGCCUACAACCAGCGGGUACAGACUAGCCUCCGCAUGCAGGAAGAUCUGCUGGGACAAGUUCAGACGUCUCACCAGGAGUUCAGCAGUCUGAAGCAGUCCAACACAGAGACCAACCAGAGGGAGGAAGUCCUGAAGAAGCUGGCUUCAGCCCAUGACAGUUACGUCGAGAUCAGCAGCAACCUGCGCGAAGGCACCAAGUUCUACAACGACUUGACAGAAAUCCUGCUUAAGUUCCAGAACAAAUGCAGCGACAUCGUUUUUGCUCGCAAGACAGAGCGGGAUGAACUACUUAAAGAGCUGCAGCAGAGUAUCGCCAGAGAGCCCAGUGCGCCAUCCUUCAAUGUCCCCGCCUAUCAGAGCACCCCAGCGGCCCCCGCUGCCGGCCCCACCCCUGCACCCAGGACUGUAUUUCAGCAGCCGCCUCAACAAGCCCAGCAGCAGCCCCAGGCAAAGCCCCAGCCCCCAGCCAGACCCCCUCCACCCGCUGUUACCCCACAGGCAGCCUCCACCAUGCCUGCUAAUGCGCCACCCACUGGCCCACCCAGCAGCAACCCACCACCUGUGGCCCCACCUACCCAGGCUCAGGGACCUCCGUAUCCCACCUACCAGGGCUACCCAGGGUACUUCCAGAUGCCUAUGGGCUACAAUCCCUAUGCUGCUUACGGCCAGUACAACAUGCCCAACAUGCCCUAUAUGCCCUACCAGGGGACUCCAGGACAAGGAGGAUACCCAGCAGCCCCCCCGGGCGGACAGCCCUAUCCUGGGUACCCCCAGCAGCCACCCCAGCAUCAACCCUAUUACCCUCAGCAAUAACUCUUCACUCCAUCCCUUUUUCCUCCUCUCACAUGUUAACACCAAAUAAAGAAUAGCCCCAGCAAUAACACUUCAUCAUCCUUUCUUUUAUUUUUUUCUCUAACUAAUAGCAGCAAUUGAAACCCCAGUGAUGGGUGACUGCAGAGCUGUUUUGCACUUCUCUCUGAAACCUUUUAUUACUUUGCCAUCCUUUAUUCUUUCACCUCCUUUCCAUCUCACCCUACCCUUUCAUCUUAGCUCAUCUUUUCUGGAUUAUAACGGCACUUUUCUUACACUAUCUCAAAUUUCAUUGAUGCACUAACCUCCUUUUAGCCUGUAAGGUUAUUUUUUUAUGUACUCAUUUUCUAAAGGUUUUGUUUAUUGUUUAAUUUGAACCCUAACUGGUUUCCUUUGAUAACUGACUCUUAGUCUGGGCUAGACUGCUGUAUAAGACUCAUGGAGGCGCACUGAAUCCCAGGAUAUCUCUCUUGUUUACCUGGUUUGGGUGUGUGUGUGUGUGUGUGUGUGUGUGUGUUGGGUGGGUGGACGAGUGGUCAUUACUAAUCACACCACUGAUGAGAGGGCACAGCCACAUCCUCAACCUCACCCCCACCACCCAAUCAACCCCCAGUGCUUCUUUAUCAACGAUAUUCCUAUUUUUGUAAUGAAUACUGAUGCCUCGCUGAUGUAUAAACCUAUAAAAACGAAUGGCUUGUAGGUUUUCUAAUGUAGAUGAUGACUGUUGAGAGUUCUUCUCUCUUUCUCUUUUUGCUCUUUUCUCUCUCACCCAGGGAAUGUUGGUAUAUUUCUGUGAUACAAUCAGAGGCUGUAAAAGUGAGCGAUAUGGUUCUAUUAUAUAUACAGUAUAUAUAUGUAUAAAUAAGACUCUGUAAGUGGUUAACCGAAACACUCUGUGUGCUGCACUCUCAUGCUAUUUGUGUUUAUUUUUAUUCCUCAGCUCUAAUGCGAUUAAAAAGAACAACUGCCA